AUGCGGUCCGUCAUCGCUCUCUCUGUGGCGGCCGUCGCCCAGGCCAGCUCGUUCCAGGUUGGCACCAUCCACGAGAGCUCUGCUCCCGUCCUCAGCAAUAUUGAGGCCAACGCUAUUCCGGACAACUACAUCAUCAAAUUCAAGGACCACGUUGAUGAGGCUGGUGUCGACAAGCACCAGAACUGGAUCCAGAGCAUCCACGAUGAAGGCGAGCAGCAGCGCCUUGAGCUCCGCAAGCGAAGCAGCAUCUUCGGCGCGGACGAGGCCUUUGACGGCCUGAAGCACACCUUCAAGAUUGGUGACUUCAAGGGCUACGCUGGCCACUUUGCCGAGGACAUCAUCGAGCAGGUCCGGAACCACCCGGAUGUCGAGUAUAUUGAGCGCGACACCAUUGUCCACACUCUGCUUCCUCUCGACUCACAAGACAACGUCAUUGUCGAGGACUCGUGCAAACCUGAGACCGAGAAGCAGGCUCCCUGGGGCUUGGCCCGUAUCUCUCACCGAGACACUCUGGGCUUCGGCACCUUCAACAAGUACCUGUACACUGCUGAGGGUGGCGAGGGUGUUGAUGCCUAUGUUAUUGACACUGGUACCAACACUGAGCACGUCGACUUCGAGGGCCGUGCCAAGUGGGGCAAGACCAUCCCUGCUGGCGAUGAGGAUGAGGAUGGCAACGGCCACGGCACUCACUGCUCUGGUACCGUUGCUGGUAAGAAGUACGGUGUUGCCAAGAAGGCCCACGUCUACGCCGUCAAGGUUCUCCGCUCCAACGGCUCUGGCACCAUGAGUGAUGUCGUCAAGGGCGUCGAGUACGCCGCUCUCUCCCACAAGGAGCAGGUUAAGCUGGCCAAGGACGGCAAGCGAAAGGGCUUCAAGGGCUCAGUCGCCAACAUGUCUCUUGGUGGUGGCAAGACCUCUGCUCUCGACGCCGCCGUCAACGCUGCCGUCAAGGCCGGUGUUCACUUCGCCGUCGCUGCUGGCAACGACAACGCUGAUGCCUGCAACUACUCUCCCGCUGCCGCCACCGAGCCCGUCACCGUCGGUGCCUCUGCUCUGGACGACAGCCGUGCUUACUUCUCCAACUACGGCAAGUGCACUGACAUCUUCGCUCCUGGCUUGAGCAUCCAGUCCACCUGGAUUGGCUCCAAGUACGCCGUCAACACCAUCUCGGGUACCUCCAUGGCCUCUCCCCACAUUGCCGGUCUCCUGGCCUACUACCUGUCUCUCCAGCCCGCUGGUGACUCUGAGUUCGCUGUUGCCCCCAUCACCCCCAACAAGCUCAAGAAGGACCUCAUCUCCAUUGCUACCCAGGGUACUCUGUCUGAUAUCCCCUCCGACACCCCCAACCUGCUUGCCUGGAACGGUGCUGGCUGCAGCAACUACUCUCAGAUCGUCGAGGCUGGUGGCUACAAGGCCAAGGCCAAGGCCCACAAGCAGACCAAGCUCCCCGCUACCAUUGAGGAGCUCGAGGACGCCAUCGAGGGUGACUUUGAGGUUGUCUCUGGCAAGAUUGUCAAGGGUGCCAAGUCCUUUGGCUCCAAGGCUGAGAAGUUUGCCAAGAAGAUCCACGACCUCGUCGAGGAGGAGAUUGACGAGUUCAUCUCCGAGCUCUCUGAGUAA